CUUUGUUCAUAAAAUCUACGACGUUAUACAUAUAUAUACACACACUCCUUGUUUGUUUUUCAGCACAAAAUUUACCAACCACGUACCAGCCGGUUUAUGUACCUAAGACCGUUCCGUUAAAUGUUGGAGUUCUAUAAUUUGGCCCAAGCAUCUCAAAACAAAAAUGGGCUAGAAAAGAAAAUACAAACUGAAAUAUGAACCCAUAUGAACCUGAACACCAAAAGUGCUGCCACGUGGUCAUCAGUACACGUGGCAGAAACCCCAUGUUAGGUGUUGGACUUUGGCAAAGUCUUCUUCAUCACUCAAGAGUUGGCUUCUGGGUUAAGAAGACUCAGGAGAGGUUCUCGUCAUCUUCGCCGAGAGAAAAAGGAGAGUUUUCUCAUCAUCAGGAGAUCAUCAACAAAAUCAAACCAGAACGAAGCUACUGCCUAUGGGUGGUGACACCGUUACCAAUCUCUCUUUCAGUCACGACGAAGAAUUUCUGCCGGACCAAGACUUCUCUGAAAUUUCCUCUAUCGUCAGUGUUUUGACGGCUAGGGAUGACUUGAAAAUAAAAGGUGAGAAUAGGGCAAUAAUCGGAGAUGAUUAUGAUGCUUUGGUGUCUGGGAAACCUGAUGAACUGAGUCUGCAACGUCGUGCUUCUCCUUUGCAAUCUGAAGCUGAGCAGAGGAGAAUACGCAAUCUUUAUGAAAAGAUCUUGCAGAGUUAUGAGAUGCAAAGCUCAAGUUUGAGUGAGGCAAAGAGCAAAAUAUUGAGAUACAGCUACACUCCGGGAAAGUGGAUUGAGAAAGUUGGUGGCAUGAAGCUUAGUAACUAUGAAGUUCCAAAUACAACAACCCUCAUUUUGAUUGGUCCAAGAGGAUCUGGAAAAAGUAGUCUUAUCAAUCGAAUUUCAAAGGUGUUUGAGGAUGACAAGUUUGCAUCAGAGAGAGCUCAAGUAUCAUAUAAUUCAUCAGUUACAGAAGGGACAUACUUUCUACAUGAAUAUGUGAUCCCUAGAUAUUCAGGCUCUUUUUGUCUUUAUGAUACCCGUGGGUUGGACAACUGCUUUUCUGAUAACAUUGAUAUGAUAAAGCGAUGGAUGACAAAAGGUGUACGCCAUGGAGAACCUGUCAUCUGGGCAUCGGAUAGCCAAACUUUUAAGGAAAGACUAAAAUGCAAAGCCCGUGGUCACCAUUGUCAGUCCAGUGACAUCAGGAUGGUUAAUUUUGUCAUUUUUGUUAUUAAUGGACUUGAGGUUUUGAAAUCCAUGGAGAGUGCGAAUGGCGCAGAAAUGUCAUAUACCCAGAUGAUUUCAUCAGCUUUCCAUACUCCAUACCUAUCAUUUAAAGAUGAUAAACCUGCUGUCAUCCUCACACACGGUGAUCUACUUUCACUAGCUGACCGUUCUCAUAUCCGUGUCUAUUUAGGAGAGCUGCUGGGUAUCCCACCUAUAGAACAAAUUUUUGACAUUCCAGAAAGCUAUGAUCCAAUCACUGAACUGACAAUAGUAGACAUGUUACGUUAUUCCCUUGAGCGUGCUGAUAGAAAUCUUCCUGGCAGGAUCUGGGCCAUGCAUAAGAUUUCUAGAUCCUGUCUUUCAGCAAGUUUUUAUCUCGUUAUAAUCCUAGGGAUCUUGGUUGCAGCAUGCUGUAUCCAGCAUGCACACAAACGUAUGAUUCCAAAACCGGAGCCUCAUAUAGAUUGGCAUGCUAUCCGGCAUCUGUGGUCAGAUUAGGCAAUAUUCUGCUACUAUCUAGUGCUUGAAUGCCUUCUAGUUCUCCUUGCACAGAACUUACAGACUUGUUGAUGAACACUUGUAUAUAUGUAUAUACAUAUUCACACACAAGCAGUUAUUCAAUGUAUAUCUACAUGCACGAGUAAUACACAAAAGUAUUGUUUGAUGUA